AUGUCGAGAUACCGCGACUCUUAUGACUAUGGUGAUGACGAGUAUCGCUAUAGCUCCUGCGACGCACGACCACUGCGCCGGUACCCCAAGCUUGCUCGUGGCACAGACAAAGAACAACCCAGAGCUGCUGUGCGACCCGAGGGGGUACGGGAGAUCGAUUAUCAUGACAGGCCAGCUGGACGGCAAUAUGACGACUACGGUGAGAGGAGCAAGCAUAAAGAAGCAAGACAUCGCCGUGAGGGUCGACCUUCUCGACAACGUGUUCGUUCGUUUCACAACGAGAAUGAUGUUGAAUACCGACGACGAGGCGACCAUCACCGCUCCCAAGCCAAUACCCGUACUCGGAGCGAGCAUGGCCUAGUAGAGGCAGCAACUGCAGGUCUGGCUGCCGGUGUUACAGAGGCCAUGCGAGCACGUCAUGAUCCAAACAGGACUCGACGAGCAGUUACGGCAGCUGUCACUGCCGCAGCUGUCGACGCACUCGCUAGUAAUGGAGACAAAAGGAAAAGGGGGCGACAUCUUGUGGAAAGUGCUGUCAGUGGGCUAUUAGUUGAUCGGAUAUUCGGGAUUGAGAACCAGAUGUUGAGGAUCCAGUCCAACCCGGACUAUGAAUCUUCAUACAAUGUCCAACGACUUAGGGGAACAUCCUGGGCAUUCACCUUUGCAACUGACUGCUAG